AUGCCGUCCAAGAUAUACAUACAAUCAGAUGAAACACCUUUAGUCGUUGUUCCACCUAUCAAUUUCUCUUUGGUAGCACCAGGGAUCUAUCGAUCCGGACAUCCAAACAAGAAAAAUUUCUCAUUUCUCAAAAGAUUGAAUUUAAAAGGUAUAAUAUAUUUGGAAAAAGUUGGAGAUCCUUACAGACAAGAUUCUAUGGAUUUCGUUUCAUCGAAUGAGAUCAAAUUAUAUAGGUUUGAUUUGAGCAAAGAAUCUGAAUUAUACACUGUUCAAGGUGAAGAUCGACUUGAAGAUCUAUUAGGUGUAUUAUUAGAUAAGAGGAAUCAUCCGUUAUUGAUUCAUGAUGAUACGGGUAAAGGAACGGCUACUUUGAUAUGUUCUUUGAUAAGAAGAAUUCAAGGUUGGAGCUUGACGGGUGCUUUUGCAGAAGGUGAUAUGUUCGCUGGACCUGCUGGUGGUUCAGAAGGUGUCGGUUUAGGUCAAGCUGGAAUGGAGUUCAUAGCUGCCUUCGAACCUAAGAAAGUCAAAUUCGAUAGGACUAAUAAACCAGAUUGGGUAGACUGA